GCUCACACAGCGCAUUUUAUGUUGGAUUUCCUUAAAUCUGGGGUGCUUAUACUCGGGUUGUUCGGGGUGAGAGUGAGUCUUUCUUGACGUGACUAAGAUCAUUAUCCUUUCUAAACAGUGCCCAGAUCUUCUGGGGCCAUGGCCUCUGAAAUCGAGCCAGAAAUCUUCUAAAAUUCUAAAUCUAAUUAAGCUUUUGAGUAGUUUUCUUUGCAAAGCACAGUCUUCGUGCUAGUAGUCUCUUUCCAGAUCCAAAAUGGUCGAGAAUCAACAACACGUUUCCCUCGGAACGAAGGCAAAAGAGCUUGAUUUCAUCGGCUUUUGCUGUUCGUACUCACUUUCUCUCUGUGAAGAGGUCAGCAUUGCUUGAUAACAGACCACGGCGCCCCGAGGGAGGAUAAGGUGCGAGGGAGUUGUUUGGCGCGGAGAACGUGUGUUAGACUUUCUUAGUGUAUUAGUUAGCCGCGAUUUCUAUUAGUACGAGUACGACUACGACAACAUAAGGAACUCAACGACAACCAAAAUACGAAAAUGUCCGCUCCGCCUCCUCCUCGGUCUGAUAAGUCCGAGUUCAUGGGCCUGCCGUAUAACAAGGAUAAAUUGCCUGGCGUCGGUCAUUCUGCUUUACGUGAAGCCUUUGUUAUGGCUACCGCUACAGCAUCCUGAGCGCCAUCCCUGGCUCUUUUUCGGUUUGAAAAAGAAGCGCCCAAGGAUAUGCCUCUCAUGGAAGAUGGCCAAGGAUGCCCUCAGGGAUGCGGCCUCGGUAGCAACUCUAACUCUGGCAACCUAGACGUUGACGGAAACGGGUUCAUAGGAGCUGCGGAGAUUCGACACUUCCUUACAGUGUUGGGCGAAAGGCCUUUGGACGAAGAAAUCGACGAAAUGAUCCGAAUGGUGGACGAAGACGGCAUUGGGCAGAUUGGAGUAGAAGAAUGGAUUCGAGCUAAGACUUCUCGUCGGAUAGAAGAAUAGAUUCGAGUAGAAGAAUGGAUUCGAGUUGAGACUUCUCGUCUUUGUCCAGACUUAACUCGAAUCCAUUCUUCUACUCCAAUUGUCUAGAAUGGCGACUUUGUCCAGAAGAACGUGAUACAACUUCUUAAAAGGAUUAAAUAAGCAGACGCGUUUAGACGGUGUUCAUUUUUGGAGACAAGAAGGCUCAUAAAGAUAGAGGCCUGUUGCUAGUUUCUGGCUUUUCACUACCCUAUCGUCUGCCCUGAAGCCCUUGCUCCAGUGGGAGAAGGGUCUUUCUCUCUGGUUGGAGUAGAAGGAUGGAUUCAACGCUAGAAUGAUAUCCAUCGGAUGAUUUUCUAAGCAAACUCUAUUCCUUCUAAUCCCUUCUUUGGCGAAGCUCCUGUGAUCAACGAAAUGAGGGCUGUCAAGUACGCCUCCGACAAGACUAAGAAGGAACUCGAGCACUUGGCUGAGCAGGGUGUGGAAAAUGCAGCAGCUGCGCAAAUGUCUGCGGAGAUGCGAAAGCGUGAGGGACGAAAAGCCCAUGCAACAGCUGCAGGGGAGGGUAAAGAAGAGAGGAAAUUAUGGCUUCGUAUUACUAACUAAGUGCAUUAUUUUCGGAAUCUCGUUACUUGAUGUCUCCCAGUAGCACUGACUUGAUUUCAACAGCAUAUCAUAGACAUUGACUUCUUGAUGCAGCGUCUCCCUCUAACAAAAACAACCGACACGGAGAAGAACUACAACAUUCUGCGUCAAUUUGCGGUUGCUCCGAACGAGCUGAAGCGAUACUACGAGAGGUUCCUCGAAAUUGAUCGCGACGAGUUGGGAUCUAUUACCUAUCAAGAAUUCUGUCUCGUCUUAGAAGAAGAUGAUAACGAUAUGAUCCGAGCUCUCUUCGACAUAUUCGAUAUGGACAAUUCCGGAACCGUGGAAAUGGUAGAGUUCAUCGUCGGCUUGAGCGCUUACUGUAGCAGUUAAGGCUUGCUUCUCUAAUCCGUCUUGAGUGUUCCGGGACAGACAUUCUGGACAAGCAUCCUCAAACUUAAAGGCUUCUUUCUUCGCUAAAGGGAGAAGAUGCCCAGGAUGCAUUAGAAGAGAGACAUACUGGAAGGGCUUCCGUCCCUCUUCAGGGGAGAAGACAGAGGUCCAGGAUGUACAUAUCGCAAGAUGGAUUAGGGCAACAAGGUCUAAAGCAGCACGACGAAGGAGGAGCGUUUGAAAUUCGCCUUCAUGAUUUGCGACGGCGAAAACACCGGCUACUUGGACAGAGAUUCGGUUGGGAGUAUCUUGAAGGCGAACUUCUUUUAAGGCUCAAUCAUGCAAUUCAUUUCUACAAGCCAUUUCUCCCUAUAAUUUCCGUCUUAGCAGGAUUGAUGGGAGAAAUGCAGGCAAGAUAGGAACGAAUUGCUUUCAGCUCUAAUUCUUGGCUCAACAGUCGACUGGCGCAGACAUCGCGAGACGUGUGGACAAGGUGUUCACACUUGCGAAGAAGGGGAAGAACCAAAGGAUAUCGUUUCCAGAGUUCAUGGACGUUGCGAAGAGAGUCCAAGGUUUGAUCUAUCCAGCCUAUGCGAUCAUCGACGAUGUGCAAAAAUUACAGGAGAAGAGAUGAACUUGUGAUCUUGAAGAUGUCAUUGGGGUUAAAUUAGAAGUGACUUUCUUGGUACUAUUCAUCUAGAGCCACGUGAUGGGUCAUGAUUUCUAAAGAUGGUGCAAAGAAUAAGAAACGGGCGAAAAUUCUACAAAGACUAAGACAUGAUGCACAGCUGCGUGCUGCGAACAGAGACUUCAUCCUUUGAAAAAAAGCCACUCUACAUCACAAAGGCAAAGUCAAUCAGCAACCACCGAACGCUCGAACGCUCUAGUACUGUAACCAUCUCCAAUCUCGGUAGGCGUACUAGAACAAAAGAACACUCUGUCAGUACUUCUACUAUAAUUUGAG